AUGGUCGACUAUGAGCAUCGGGGGAAAAAAAUUCGGGUCGACGAGGAGACCCUUAUCGUGCCUCUUCGUUCCCUUGCCACAACGGCCAGGGCUACGACCACUGUGUGGUACCUGGCCAAAGUUCUACCUCCAGCCGAUACUGGUCGAUGGUAUAGUGAAAGGAAAAGGCGGGCUGAGGAUGUAACCCGCGGCCUCGAGCGGGUCUUGGCAGGUCUUGUAUUUAUGCUCAAUGAAGACCUAGACAAGCAGAAUGAGCUCCACAAGGAGAUAACUCAGCAAAAAGAGGAGCUCCGCUUUCUGAAUCAACAUGCCAAUCAGCUGACUGUUAACAACCAUAACCUUUGCAAGAAGGUGGCCACGUUAAAUUAG